CUCUCUCUCCUCCCCCAAAUUCCAUCGAGAGAGAAAGAUUUGCCGCCGUCGAGUCUUGAGUAUUAGUUUAGUAUAACAAAGAUGGUGCCAACCGAGGCUUCACGUGAGGACAAUGUCUACAUGGCCAAAUUGGCCGAACAAGCCGAAAGAUAUGAAGAAAUGGUUGAGUUCAUGGAGAAAGUGGCAAAGACAGCUGAUGCUGAGGAGCUGACUGUGGAGGAAAGGAACCUCCUUUCUGUGGCUUACAAGAAUGUGAUUGGAGCUAGGAGGGCUUCUUGGAGAAUUAUCUCCUCUAUUGAGCAGAAGGAAGAGAGCCGUGGAAAUGAGGAUCAUGUCUCCAUUAUCAAGGAGUAUAGGGGAAAGAUUGAGGCAGAACUUAGCAAGAUCUGUGAUGGUAUUCUGGGUCUUCUCGAUUCGCAUCUUAUUCCUAUGGCCUCAAAUGCAGAGUCCAAGGUUUUCUACCUUAAAAUGAAGGGUGAUUACCACAGGUACUUGGCUGAAUUUAAGGCAGGGGCUGAGAGGAAAGAGGCUGCUGAGAACACUUUGCUUGCUUACAAGUCUGCUCAGGAUAUUGCUUUGGCUGAGUUGCCUCCUACUCACCCAAUAAGGCUGGGACUUGCCCUUAACUUCUCUGUCUUCUACUAUGAAAUCCUCAACUCCCCUGAUCGUGCUUGCAAUCUUGCAAAGCAGGCUUUCGAUGAGGCUAUUUCCGAGCUGGAUACAUUGGGUGAGGAAUCAUACAAGGAUAGCACCUUGAUCAUGCAACUUCUCAGGGACAAUCUGACAUUGUGGACUUCUGAUAUCACGGAUGAAGGCGGCGAUGAGAUCAAGGAAGCUGCAAAGCGCGAAUCUGGAGAGGGACAGCAGUAAUAAGUUUGUAGGACAUGCACUUUCUACUUUUCGAUUGUGACCCCUAAUAGACAUUGUGUGGGUGGUUGUAGAAAGACUUGAUGAAUUGGUACAUCUAUCACUACUUAGUGUUGUCAUGCUACUAUAGUAUAGGUUAUAAGUUUGAGUUUAUCACUCAAGAAGAUACUAUGGUUUGGUGCUUGAUGGGUCUAUUAUCCUUGAAGCAGUGAUUCGUUGUUCCA